CUUUGUAGUUUUAAAUGACUGUUUGUAGAAGUUUGUCUCUUGGUUCGGUGAUUUUUAGCUAACAACUGCUAACUCCCCCUCCAUGGUUGCCGUUAUGGUCUGGACCGAUCGCUCUGUGUCAGUUUCAAGUUGCGCCUUCUCUCUCUACUGUUCUCUGCUCUCCUCCGGGCUCAACGGCCAGAGCUAAUUCAUAUCAUCAUUGUUUUUAUUCCCUCAUAAAACGCUGACGUUCCCACGAAAAUGGAUUUAUUCUUACCGCAUCAGAGUGGAUUUUAACCGCUGAAGGAUUCGGAGAAUGAAGAUGCUGGGGGCCGGGAGUUAAAGCCCUCCACCAGAGGGAAGCUGGUUCACAGCUGGGGCUGGGCCCCUGCCUCAGGUGGGGGUGAAGAGCCCCCACGGCCCCCCACGGGUCUGGACCAUGGGGGAUGGCGGUGUUGGUGCAACUGGAGGAGAUGGGGCCAAUCAGUCCCAUGUCCUGUUCGACAACUUUGUCCAGGCGACGACGUGUAAAGGCACCCUGAAGGCCUUCCAGGAGCUGUGUGAGCACCUGGAGGUGAAGCCCAGUGAGCACAGGAUCUUCUAUCACAAGCUCAAGUCCAAACUUAACUACUGGAAGGCGAAGGCGCUCUGGGUGAAGUUAGACAAGAGGGCCUGCCAGAAGGAGUACAAGAAGGGACGUGUCUGUGCCAACACAAAGUGUCUGAUCAUCGGUGCGGGGCCAUGUGGCUUACGGACAGCCAUCGAGCUGGCCUUCCUGGGGGCCAGAGUGGUGCUCCUGGAGAAGAGGGACGCCUUCUCCAGAAACAACGUGCUGCACCUUUGGCCCUUCACCAUCCACGACCUCAGGGGCCUCGGGGCCAAGAAGUUCUAUGGGAAGUUCUGCGCUGGUGCUAUCGAUCAUAUCAGUAUUCGUCAGCUUCAGCUAAUGCUGCUCAAAAUGGCCCUCCUGCUGGGGAUCGAGAUCCAUGUCAACGUAGAGUUCAAGGGACUCAUCGAGCCGCCUGAAGACCAGGAGAGUGAGAGGAUAGGCUGGAGGGCUGAGGUCCACCCCAGGACACACCCUGUCAGCGAGUUGGAGUUCGAUGUCAUCAUUGGAGCAGAUGGAAGGAGGAACACACUACCAGGAUUUCGACGGAAGGAGUUCCGGGGGAAGCUCGCCAUCGCCAUCACCGCCAACUUCAUCAACAGGAACACAACGGCGGAGGCGAAGGUGGAGGAGAUCAGCGGCGUGGCCUUCAUCUUCAAUCAGAAGUUCUUUCAAGAUCUCAGGGAGGCAACAGGUAUUGACCUGGAAAACAUUGUGUAUUACAAGGAUGACACACAUUACUUUGUGAUGACUGCCAAAAAACAGAGCCUGCUGGAGAAAGGAGUCAUUCUGCAUGACUAUGCAGACACUGAGCUGCUCCUGUCCAGGGCUAACGUAGACCAGGCUGCCUUGCUGUCCUAUGCGCGUGAAGCUGCAGAUUUCUCCACCAACCACCAGCUGCCCACCCUGGACUUCGCCAUCAACCACUACGGCCAACCCGAUGUCGCCAUGUUCGACUUCACAUGCAUGUACGCCUCGGAGAACGCUGCCAUGGUCCGCCAGCGCAACGGCCACAAGCUGCUGGUGGCACUAGUGGGCGACAGCCUUUUGGAGCCGUUCUGGCCCAUGGGCACCGGCAUUGCUCGCGGUUUCCUGGCAGCCAUGGACUCCGGCUGGAUGGUGAAGAGCUGGGCGCAGGGAAAAACUCCUCUGGAGGUUCUGGCUGAGAGGGAGAGCAUAUACCGGCUUCUGCCUCAGACAACACCGGAAAAUGUCAGUAAGAACUUCAGUCAGUACAGCGUGGAUCCGACCACACGCUACCCCAACAUCAGCCUUAACUUCCUCAGGCCCAGUCAGGUGCGACACCUCUUUGACACGGGAGAAGGAAGGGAAAUCCGAAUUGAAAUUGAGAAUGUGAUCAACUCGUCAACGCCGAAGCUAGCCCGGAAUGACAAUUACCUGCUUGACAAACAGUUUCAAGAAUCCAUUGCUCGAUCCAGUAAGCUGCUGAACUGGUGCCAGAGGCAGACGGAAGGAUACAGGAACGUCAGCGUGACGGACCUCACCAUGUCGUGGAAGAGCGGCUUGGCGCUGUGCGCCCUCAUCCACCGAUACAGACCCGAUCUCAUAGACUUUGACUGUCUGGAUGAGGAGAACCAUGAGAGGAACAAUCAGCUGGCGUUCGACGUGGCAGAGAAGGAGUUUGGCAUUUCGCCAUGCAUGACCGGCAAGGAGAUGUCCUCAGUGGUGGAGCCAGACAAGCUCUCCAUGGUCAUGUACCUCAGCCAGUUUUAUGAGAUGUUUAGGGACACAGUGCCACCUGGAGAUAACCAGAACUUGAGUCCAGAGGAGAAAGCUGCGCUGAUUUCCAGCACAAAGUCUCCCAUUUCCUUCCUCAGCAAGCUGGGUCAGAGCAUCGCUAUUUCCAGGAAGAGAAACCCCAAGGAUAAAAAGGAAAAGGAUGUGGACGGUUUGGGCAAAAGGAGGAAAACCAGUCAGUCUGAAGAAGAGGAUGUUUCCAGGUCCUGUCGGGAAGAACGGCCGUCUGUCCCUGCUGUCCUGUCGGAGAGAAAAAUGGACUGUGCUGCUGCAGGAAACCACAACAAAGUGAAGGUGAUGGCCACUCAGCUGCUGGCCAAGUUCGAAGAGAACGCCCCGGCUCAGCCUGCAGGCCUCAAGCGACAGGGGGACUCUCUGCCCAACCUGGACCACUUUUUGCCCCCUUCCCCUCCACCGAACCCUGUGAACGAGCCAGUGCGCCUGGCUCCUGUCCCUGCAUGGAGAAAGAGACGCACCCAGCAGCAGGAGAAGCUGAGCAUUCGCUACAAAGAAAUGGUCAAAUGUCAGACGCUGCCCAGCAGAGGGGAUCAGGCCAGAAGUGCUGCAGAACAAACGUCCAGCUCGGGCUCUCGGAGCUGCCCAAAGAAAACCAUUCUGCUCCCUUCCUCCUCCUCCACUUCCUCGCUCUCUCUUCACUCAGAGAAUUUACCCCCAGAGCAAGAGGAGCUUGAAUACUAUGAAAGGCCUCUGAUACACAGGGAAGGGAAGCUGUCACUCACAGUUGACCUCGCUCCCAUUCACAUCCCUGGUAUUCAGGAGCGGGCCGACCGCCUCAUCUCCAGGUUUAAGGGCAAAGCUGAUAAACCACCAAAGCCUAAGAAAAAGCCGUCCCGUUUCUUUUUAGAGCAGUGGUACUCGAGCCGAGGCCCGAGUCCGAGCCCAGCCUCACCUCUGUCCUCCCCUGAUGCUUCCAGAAAGGAGCCAGUGAGGCCUCUGGACUCUGAACAGAUGCCCAUAUAUGUGCUUAGUAUUCAGGAAAGAGCUGAACAACUUGAAUUUCAGUUGGAAGGCAAGCGAGUCGGGCCGCAGCCAAAGAAAAAACCCUCUCGUUUUUUUAUGGAGCGAUGGCACCUGGCCCGCGCCCAGAGCCCCCCCGACAGCCGCCCGUCCGCCUGCUCCAGACAGCACUUGGUGAGGAUGUACACAGGGGGAGUUAGCAGCCUGGCUGAGCAGCUAGCCGGCCAGCUUCAGUCUCAGGAAGAGUCCAAACCCACACAUGAACCAGAAAGGAGGGAUUUGGGUUCUCUCAGGAAAGAGUUCCCCGUCAACAUCGGCGGCAGCGACGUCUGCUUCUUCUGCCGGAAGCGAGUCUACGUCAUGGAGAGGCUGAGCGCGGAGGGGAAGUUCUUCCACCGCAGCUGCUUCAAAUGCGACUACUGCGGGACAACGCUGCGACUUUCCUCCUACGCAUUUGAUGUGGAGGACGGGAAAUUUUACUGCAAGCCUCACUACUGUUACCGGCUGUCUGGUUACGCCCAGAGGAAGAGGCCGGCUCCUUCUCCUUCUCCUGCUCCAGUCUCAGCUAAGGAAAACCAGACGCCCCUAACUCCGAUUCAGACCGUGGACGGCCCCAGCAGGGCGGCGGCGGCGGCUCCCUCGGCCGAGAUCCCGCCCUCAGCACCGGAGGUCAACGGCGUGCAGGAGCCCAGCAUGGCCAAACGUCUCCGUGGAACCCCGGAGCGGAUCGAGCUGGAGAACUACCGCCUGUCCCUGCAGCGGGAGGAGGAGCUGGAGGAGGUGCCGGAGGAGACGCUGGCCGAGCACAACCUGAGCAGCGUGCUGGACAAGGCCACCGACGUCGACUUGGGCUCCAGUAGCUCUGAGUCUGACAUGGAGGAAGAGGAUGAGCAGGAGGAAGAGGCGGAGGCAGAGGAGCAGCCGGCCAGCCCGUCGGACCUCGGCGGCGUUCCCUGGAAGGAGGCCGUGGAGCUCCACGCCAAACUGCGAGGCGGUGAGCUGGAGGACGAAGCUCUGGCUGAUGCUGCCAGCAGGGAUGGAGACGUGGAGGAAGACGAGGAAGAAGAGGAGGAGGAGGAGGGCGAGGAGGAAGAUGAGGAAGAAUCCAGUGAUGAGGGGGAUUACUGCCCCUGGGACAGAGAGCUGCAGUCAGGUCUGUGGCUGGAGAAGCACCUCACUGAUGAAGAGGAUGUUGGUAAAUUCAAAGCCAGGAACAUACAGCUCCAGCAGCUCCUCCAGCCGGUGGAUCCCAGCGCCAUUCCGAGUUUGGCGAGAGCGCGGCGGGGUUCUGACCCGGACGGCCCGGUGGGUUCUGAGCCCACUCUGCCCCCCUCCACAGCUCCCGCCCACACAUCCACCCGACACGAGGCAGUGAGGGUCUGGUUGGAGUCGUUGUCUGGAGAACCGUGUGAGGAUGAAGAGCUGGAAGCUGAAGCUGACAGUCCGGACAUGGAGCCCGGCACGGAGCUGGACCAAGAUGACAUUCCUUCGGAUGCAGAAGCUGAGGCUCGGCUGCAGCAGUCGGAGCAAAACGAAGCUCCUCCAGAGGAAAACCAGGACACAGAAAGUCUGGGGAGAGACUCGAGUUUUGACCCAGCCAGCUCCAGCUCACUGCUGAAGGACGACGUCGUUCUUUCUCCCCUCAAGCCGCCGGCUGAGCCUGUCAGCCCGGUGAAAUCUCCCGGCAUCCGUUUCUUCCCGGAUCCCUUCUUACCGGAGGAAGAGAAGACAGCUGUGCCCCCGGCUGUCAGGAGCCAAAUCAGCCCUUCAUCCGUUUCAUUUUCCGCUCCCAUCCCGUCUCCCGUUCCUACCGUCACGCUCCCCUCCGCCUCUUCCCCUCCUGUCUCGCCCGCCGCCUCUCCGCUGAAGCCAGCUGACCAGUCGCCCGUCAAGUCGCCGCUCGGCUCCCCGAUUCGCUCCCAGCCCAUCUCGCUCCCGGAGACACGCGCGCCUAAAUCCCCGGUCUUCCCCCACCGCUCCAUCUGCCCCCUGACAGGAAACCCCCUUUCCCCGAUCUGCGCCCAGCCUUUGCCCUGCCAGGAAGCCUCCUCACCUCUGACCUCUGACUCCCCCGUCAGGACGCAGCCCGUCAGCUCAACGCCCGAGCCGCUCAGGUCCGCCGACUCCUCCAUCGAGGAAAACGCCUCGAAAAAGUCAGACAUCAUCGAGGAGUUCUGGCUGAAGAGUGCAGAGAUCCGGAAGAGCCUCGGCCUCUCUCCUUUAGAUCGCAGCAGUAAAAUCCUGGAGAAGACCCCGAUACCGGACCCGACCCCCGUGAAGCCGCUGUCCACCGGGGAGCCGAAGCCGGCGUUCACCGGCCGCACCGUCAUUCGCAGACUCAACAUCACCCUGGAGGGUCAAGUCAUCACGCCGAUCGCUCCCGCUGCGGCCAAGAGCGACACAAACCUAACGGCGAACGGCGACAGCUGCCGCACGUCGGACUCCACCCUGCUCACCCCGCCCUCCAGUCCGCCACCGCCCGUUCCCGCCAACCAGUCUCCGGCAGUGCUCAGGCAGAAGAGACAUCAGGCGUCUUGGAGCAACGGAACGGAAAAGCUUCCAGCCGACGCUCCGGUUCCUGCGCCCAGGACGCAGCUGAGUCCCGUCCCCGCGCCCAGGAAGCCGUCGUCCCCUGAGGCGGCGCCACAGACCGCCCCGGUGGUGAUAAUGAGGGAGAAGAAGAAGCAGCCUCGGCCGGCUGAGGUGAGGAAAUCGUUUGUGGAGACGGUUGAGGAGAUUCCUUUUGCCGACGAUGUGGAGGAGACGUACGAUGAGCGCACGGCAGAAACGAGCCAGAACAAGAGUCAGGCGCCGCCCGCCAUCAAGCCACCGCUGCACCUGGCGUUAGCCAUGGAGAACGGAAAGCCGAACAUCCCAGUAAUCCCAGUUUCCAAAUCCCAGAGGGCCACUCGGUUUUCCCCAGAGGCCAAGGAGAUCGCAGAGGAGAGAAUCAGAGCAAGAGAGAAGUCUGUGAAGAGCCAAGCUCUCAAAGACGCCAUGGCCAAGCAGCUGAACAAAAUGAAAGAGUCCGACCCAAACAGGAGCGACUCCCCUAAGCUGGCCUGGAGCGCCACUCCGGAUUCAGCUGGAAAGGCCAAAAAGUCACCCGGAUCUCCCAAAACGUCGGCCGUGAAGGCGCUGGAGUCGAAGAAAGAGUCUGUUCCUGAGCGUUUCUUCAGCAGCAACAAGAGUCUGGACAGCUCAGUGGCGUCGUCAGAGGGAUCGUCAACGGGCAAGAGCAAGAAGCGGAGCUCCCUCUUCUCACCCCGCAAGAACAAGAAGGAGAAGAAAGCCAAAAACGACGGCAGCCGGCACUCUGGCGCCGAGGAGACGCCGCCCAAACAUAAGUCGCUCUGGAAGGCCGUGUUCUCUGGAUACAAAAAGGACAAGAAGAAGAAGGACAACAAGUCGUGUCCGAGCACGCCGUCGUCCAGCUCCACCACCCAGGACUCGGGGAAGAAGAGGACGUCACCUCUGGGGAAAAGCUCAGACUUCAAGACUCGGAGGAACCUGAGCUUUUCCGAGGACUCGGACCUGUCCUGUGAUGAUGUUCUGGAGAGAUCGUCCCAGAAAUCAAAGGCAGACCGGCAUGUGGACAUCUUUGACCUAGUGUCAGGGAUGCAGAAGGAGGCAAUGAAGGAGGAGAGACUGGAAAAGGAGAGGAGGAGGGAGAUAAAGAGGAAAAAGAGAGUGAAAGAGAGGCAGAAAGAAAGGGAGCCAGAGAAGGAGCUUGACCAAGAAAAGGAGAAAGACGAUGAGGAGUCUGUUUAUGUUCCUCACGCGCUGGCGUUCAAGAGAUCGUACGCCACAAAGAAAACCUACACAGAGGAGGAGCUGAAUGCCAAGCUCACACGCAGAGUCCAGAAAGCCGCCCGGCGACAGGCGAAGCAGGAGGAGCUCAAACGGCUGCAUCGCGCGCAGAUCAUCCAGAGGCAGCUGGAGCAGGUGGAGGAGAAGCAGCGGCAGCUGGAGGAGCGCGGUGUCGCCGUGGAGAAAGCACUGCGGGGAGAAGCAGUUGAGCCCUUUGUGGGGGUGCCUCGCCGGAGACCGCUCUCCCUCUGCCCUUGCUGUUCCUCUGAAGCUCAGCUCCAUCCUGGAGACCACAGCCAUGCCGUUUAUUUGUGUAUGAGCAAGAAGGACGACCCGAAGCUGAUGCAGGAGUGGUUCAAGCUGGUGCAGGAGAAGAACGCCCUGGUCCGCUAUGAGUCAGAACUCAUGAUAUUUGCCAGAGAGCUGGAGCUGGAGGACCGGCAGAGUCGGCUGCAGCAGGAGCUCCGGGAGCGAAUGGCUGUGGAAGACCACCUGAAAACCGAGAAGGAGCUGGCUCAGGAAAAGCAGAUCCUGAAUGAAAUGCUGGAGGUGGUGGAGCAGCGCGACGCCCUGGUGGCCCUGCUGGAGGAGCAGAGACUUCGGGAAAAGGAGGAGGACAAGGACCUGGAGGCAGUCAUGCUCUCUAAGGGAUUCAGCCUGAACUGGGCCUGAAAGCUGACACACACACACACACACACACACACACACACACACACACACACAAGGUUUGUCUCGUCAAGCAGCAGCGCAAACUCCACUCAAGUCGUCUGAAGAUAGACACGAGCAAACGAUCCGGAACUGUCACACCUACAGCACUGAAUGUGUAGAUCUGUUUCCAACACAACAAACUCGCCACGGCUGCCUCUGACACUGACGCAGCGUUCCAGAUCCCCGCCUGAAGGCGGUCCAACUUAAUCACUCUGCAGUUGGGUUCCUCUCCCUCUGUGUGGGAGGAGAGCCGAGUUCAUGUUCACUAGUUUAUCAUCGCAGCCUUGAAGAGGAUCCUUUCAGGCCCGCAGGGACAAUGUGUGGAGACUUUAUAAAGGGAAGAAUCAGUUCAGUCCUGCUGAUGU